AUGAUGAAUUUUCCACAUGUCCAUUCAACUUCCUUGCCAACUGUCAAAAUUUCAACAUUGAUUGGAGGUGGAAGUAAAAUUGGUGAUGGAAUGACAGGGAAUGCUCUCUUGAGAUAUCCGUAUGGGAUAGCAUUAGGCUUGAAUAGUGAAAUUCUUAUUGCUGAUACGUUUAAUCAGCGUAUUAGAAAGGUUUCGUCUAGUGAUGUUUCAACUUUUGCAGGCGUUGGUACUUCUUCAUUUAGUGGAGAUGGUGCAUUGGCUACACAGAGCGAAAUUAACUUUCCUUAUGGUGUAAUUGUUAAUUCUUUGGGAGAAACUUUCAUUGCUGAUACCUCCAAUCAUGUUAUUCGAAAGGUUUCUACAAAUGGAAAAAUCUCAACCAUUGCUGGAACUGCCUCAUCCUAUGGUUAUAGUGGUGAUGGGGGUCUUGCUACGAAUGCGCUUUUAAACUCUCCAUACGGUUUAGCUCUUAAUUCCUCAAGUGGUGAAGUUAUUAUUGUCGAUACUUCUAAUAAUGUUAUUCGAAAGGUUUCCUCCAUUGGAAAUAUCACAACUAUUGCAGGAACUGGAGCUGCUGGAUACAGUGGUGAUAAUGGACAGGCCACAAAUGCCAAAUUCAAUGCACCAAGAGCAGCAUUCUAUUCGAAUGGUGAACUAUUUGUAGCAGAUUCAAGAAAUCAUCGAAUUAGAAAGAUUUCGAAUAGUGGUAUUGUCACUACAGUUGCAGGAACUGGAACUGCUGGUUUUAAUGGAGAUUCCAUCUUGGCAAAGAAUGCUCAAUUGAAUUAUCCAAGUGGAAUUUCAGUCAAUUCGAAUGGUGAAAUUUUCAUUUCAGAUUCUGUUAACAAUCGUAUUAGAAAGAUUUUGACAAAUGGUACCAUUAUUACAAUUGCAGGAACAGGAACUGUUGGAUUGAGUGGAGAUGGUGGUUUGGCCGUUAAUGCUCAAUUGUGGUUGCCUUCUGGAAUUGUGGUCAACUCUGUAGGUGAAAUUUUCAUUUCAGAUUCGUAUAAUCAUAGAAUUAGAAAGAUUUCUGCAAGUGGGGUGAUUUCAACAUUUGCUGGUACCUCAAGUUUUGGAGAGGAUGUUCAAGCAAGCAAAUCAUUUGUUUCUCCAAAUGGAAAUCCUAUUAUUUAUGGAAAUAAUCUUUUAUUUACUGAUAAUGGAAAAGUUAGAAGAGUUGAUUUGUCAACUAAUGUAAUUUCCACUCUUAGUUCAGUAACUCCUUUGGGUUCUGCAGUUAGUUAUUAUAAUAAUGAAGUAUAUGUCAUGUAUCUUGGUUCGUAUUUGUCAAAAAUCAAAUCAAGUUUGACAGCUGUAGCAGGAACUGGUGCUAUUGGAGCUGACAGUGGCGAUGGGUUAGCAAUCACUGAAAGAUUACAUAAUCCAAACUCUAUUUUCAUCUCUUCUAAUGGUGACUCUUACUUUUCAGAUUCUUCCAAUCACAAGAUUCGUAAACUUUCGAAUGGUUACAUUACAACAAUUGCUGGAACUGGCACAAGUGGCUACAGUGGAGAUGGCUCCUCUGCUACAAGUGCCAAAUUGAAUAAUCCAAAAGGAGUGGUAGUGAGCUCGAGUGGUGAAAUUUACUUUUCCGAUUCUGAAAACCACAGAAUUAGAAAGAUUUCAACUGGUGGUAUCAUUUCAACUGUGGCAGGAAGUGGAGAAUCUGGAUUCAGUGGAGAUGGUGGGCUGGCCAUAUCUGCCAAAAUCCAUUAUCCAAAUGGAAUUGCAAUGAAUUCAAAUGGUGAAUUGAUUUUCACCGAUACUCGUAAUAAUAGAAUUCGUAAAGUUUCUACUAGUGGUUAUAUUUCAACAAUUGCUGGUAAUGGAACAGUUGCAUAUAAGGCAACAUUUAGCGGAGAUAAUGGGUUGGCCAUUAAUGCUCAAUUGUUCGUUCCAUUUGCAGUAGCAGUCAAUUUGACUAAUAAUGAUAUUUAUAUUGCCGAUUCUGGUAAUCAUAGAAUUCGAAAGGUUUCUUCAUCCUCUGGUAUCAUUACAACUGUUGCAGGAACUGGAACUUCUGGAUUCAGUGGAGAUAAUGGAUUAGCUACCAAUGCCAAGCUCAAUUUCCCAUUCAGCAUUUCUAUUGGAAACUCUGGAGAAAUUUAUAUUUCUGACCAAUACAAUCAACGAGUUAGAAAGGUAGCUGCGAAUGGAUACAUUUCAACCAUUGCUGGAAGUGGAGCGAUUGGUUUCAAUGGUGAUGGAUUGGCAGCCACAAGUACAUGUUUCAAUUAUCCAAGUGGAGUUUCUUCCAAUUCGAACGGUGACGUUUUCAUUAUUGAUUCUUUCAAUUCAAGAAUUCGUAAACUUUCUAGUGGAAAGAUUAGUACAGUUGCUGGUGGUUUGGGCGAUGGCUCUUCUGCAGUUAACUCUUAUUUGAAUUCUCAAUCAUUUGCAAUUAGCUCAAAAAGUGGUGAAAUUUUCAUUGCUGAUUCGAAUAAUCAUAGAAUUAGAAAGAUUGCAACCAAUGGUGAUAUUAGCACUGUGGCUGGAAGUGGAGUUGCAGGUUUUAGUGGAGAUGGUGGUCUUGCAACAAGUGCCACAUUAAAUAAUCCAAGCUAUGUAGCAGUCAAUUCCAAUGGAGAAUUGCUGAUUUCUGACACUAAUAAUCAUAGAAUUCGUAAGGUCUCAUUGAAUGGAAUAAUUACAACAAUUGCUGGAAAUGGAACAGCUGGAUAUAAUGGUGAAGGAAAUAAUGCAUCACUUUAUCAAUUGAAUUAUCCAAGUGGCCUAGUUGUUAGCUCAACUGGUGAUUUGUUCAUUGCUGAUUCGUAUAACCAUAGAAUUCGUAAAUUGAAUGUCAAUGGAACUAUUAGCACAAGUGCUGGAAAUGGAAUUGCAGGAUUGAGCGGAGAUGGGUCUUUACCAACAAGUGCUCAAUUGAACUUUCCAACAGGUUUGGCAGUGAGCUCAGUAGGUGAAUUAUACAUUUCAGAUGAUUCGAACAAUAGAAUUAGAAAAGUUUCCUUAACUUGUUCUCAAGGAGAAUCAUUGGUUAAUGGUUUGUGUGAACAGACAGUUACUCCAACACCAUCCACUUCUUCUGGUGGCUCAAUUCCUCAACCAAGCAAGAGUAUCACUACUCCAAAAACUUCUGGAAGCAAAAAUGUGACACCAUCCAAAAGUCAACGUGUGUCUGAAGCAUCAGCAACUGCAAUUUCAUUGGUAUAUUUAGUGUUGAUUUGUAUUGUAUUGAUUGGACAACUUAACUUGGCUUAA